GAACGUAUUCCUGUCGAACACAUGGAGACUGGAGCGUUUGAAGAGCACCUGCUGUGUCCCGUCUGCCGUGAGAUCUUCCGAGAUCCUGUUCUUCUUCUGUGUUCUCACAGCUUUUGUUUGGCCUGUCUGGAGCAGUACUGGGUGCACACCAGCUCACAGAUGUGUCCCGUGUGCCGGGCGGAUUUCUGUAUGGAGCAUCCUCCCUGCAAUCGAGCUCUGAAGAACCUGUGCGAGGUGGUCUUACAGGAGAACGAGAAGCAGGUGUCAGAAGAUGCUCGGGAGUUCUUCUGCAGUCUCCACGGAGAGAAACUGGAGCUCUUCUGUCUGGAGGACCGGCGUCUCGUGUGCGGCGUGUGUUUGAUUGAUGACCUGCACAUCAGACACACGUGCAGACCUGUGGAGGAGACAGCAGAGACUCUCAAGGAGGAUCUCAAAACAAACCUGAAGUCUCUGCAAGAGACGUUCAAACUCUUAAAAUCACAGAAAUUCAUCCGCAAUCAAAAAGCAAAACACAUAAAGAGUCAAGCCGAGAAAACAGAAGCACACAUCAAGGAGGAAUUCGAGCAACUUCGCCACUUUUUAAGAGAUGAAGAGGCGAUGAGGAUAGGUGCUCUAAAGGAGGAGAAAGAACAGAAGAUGAAGAUGUUAGACGAUCAAAUCAUAAAGAUUAACAGUGACCUCACAUCUCUCCUGGAAAGAAUCCAAACCAUUGAAGAUGAGAUGAAGACUCAAAACGUCUCAUUCCUGCUGAACUACAGGGGUCCAUGUGAAAGGUACAAUAUUCCGUCCUCACGUCCAUGUCUCCAGAAGCUGUCAGAAGGAGUGAUUGAUGUGGCAAAGCAUCUGGGAAAUCUGAAGUUCAGAGUAUGGCAGAAGAUGACAGAUGUCACUCAAUACACUCCUGUUAUCCUCGACCCUAACACCGCUCAUCCGUGUCUUCAUCUCUCUGGCAGUUUAACCGAUGUGAUGUUUGGUCAGUGGGGUCAGCAGACUCGGGGUUACCCUGAAACAUGUGACGGGUACACAAGUGUGCUGGGUUCUGAAGGCUUCAGCUAUGGGACACAUUGCUGGGACGUGGACGUUGGGGACAACACCUCCUGGGCCAUAGGAAUGAUCUCAGAAUCUGCCAUCACGACGAGGGACCGUUCACCCAACUCCGGUUUAUGGCGCGUAGCUUAUCACAACGGUAAAUACGGUCAGGGAGAAUCAGGGGAGUUCCUGACGCCUCUCACGGUCAAACAGAAAAUCCAGCGAAUCAGAGUCCAGCUGAACUGGGACGGCGGAGAAUUGACCUUCUUCAGUCUUCUCACGAACACUCACAUCUAUACAUUCAAGCACGUGUUCACCGAGAGAGUCUUUCCAUACUUUUGUAACGUGUGUCCGUCUCAAGCGCUCAGGAUCUUGCCAGUUGAAGCAAUUUGUCACAGGAACAGAAGUGUGACAUUUUUUUAUUCAUGAUCACUUCCGUUUAUUUCUCUACUGAUCUUGUGGAUUCUGUUGUACUAUUUGGGUUAUGUCUUGACUGUGAAAAUAAUCUGUGUAGCGUGACAAAUGUGAUUCUGUACUGCUGAGUGCUGAAAAAUGAUGACACCUGGUCCAUGUCUGUCAUUUGCACCCUGUUGAUGCCUCCCACCCCACACACAAAAACAUGGGGUCCGAGCACACACUUUUGCACAAUUCUUUGAAUAUUUUGUAUCCUUUGAAUUUUUUGUGCAUUCUUUAAAGUUACCCCUUUAUUAGACAUUUGCAUGUAGAAGAGGUUUGUUUACCUGAAGUAUUGUGCAAGAAGCUUCAUGUUUUCCUUUUGUUUCAACACAUUCCAGAAAUAACGCUGUUGACACGUUUACACCAUUUAUCUCUUCCUACAAUCAUAGUAUUCCUAAGCUUGGGUGAAGUUUGUUCUUUGCAUCUUUAAAUCCUUUACAUUAUUAUGUUCAAAAAUUUUAACAAAUAUGCAGAAUGCAAUAGUAUUUUUAAUAAAUGAUCAAUA